GCGGGUUUUCAAAACUGAAUUGAAGUAAAUUUCAACAUUUUGUAAAUGGAGCGAGAUCAGGAACGUGGUCGUCGCCGACCUAUCGAUCGUUAUGAGUCUGAUAGAAGAGAAAGCCACUCAAAUAGUGAACCGCGCAAUAAGCAUUUCAGAGAAUCCAGUGAGAGUUCUCGUGGAAGAGAUUCAUCUCAGGGUUCGACAUCGCGUGGUUCUGGUGGUCCACAUCCGCCGCUGCCAUCACAUCAACGGUUUGGUCGACAAGGAAGUCGUGAAAGAGAUUCAUCUCGCCCUUCGACAUCUCGUGAUCUACAGCCACCGCUGCCACCACAGCAGCGAUUUGGUCCACAAGGUAGUCGUGAAAGAGAUUCAUCUCAUGCUUCGACAUCGCAUGGUGCUGUUGGUGUAGCUCCAUCAAAUCCACAACCGCGGCCGCCGCCGCCGCCGCCAGCACAUCAACGUGAAGGCGGUCGCCAACGUGGCGAUCGCUUUGAAAUCGUGCGUACUCGCCCAAGCGAUGUGCUCACUAAAGUGGGCACUGACGGACAGCCCAUACAGCUCCAAUCCAACUACUUCAGUCUAAGAACCAAGCCACAAUGGGAAAUCCAACAUUAUUGUGUGGAUUUUGUGCCCGACAUCGAAAUGGUGCGUGUACGUUGCGGCGUACUAUCCGAACAUGCUCGAAUUUUGGGCACAGGAUAUUUGUUCGAUGGUAAGCAGUUAUUUACGACGAAGAAGUUUGAGGAGAAUACGGUAGUGCUAAACACCACAUCCAAGCAAGGUGUAGAUUACACUAUUACUAUUAAAUGGGUGGGCCUCAUUUCGACGGCAGAAUCGCGAUUUCUGCAAGUAUUGAACUUAAUAUUACGUCGCUCUAUGAAAGGACUGAAGCUUGAGCAAGUGGGCCGUAAUUUGUUUGAUCCGCAUGCAAAAGUUGCAUUGCGUGAGUUUGCAUUGGAAUUGUGGCCGGGCUAUGAGACCUCGAUAAGACAGCAUGAGAAUGAAAUUUUGCUGUGUACAGAGAUUACGCACAAGGUUAUGCGCACGGAGACUGUAUAUGACAUACUGCGCCGCACUUCGCAUAAUCCAUCACGCUUUCAAGAGGAAUUUCGAGUUAAUGUCUUGGGUUUGAUAGUUCUAACCGACUAUAACAAUAAGACCUAUCGAGUAAAUGAAGUAGACUUUUCUCAGUCGCCGCGCUCCACCUUUCACUGCAAGGGACAGGAUGUUAGCUUCGUAGACUACUACUUACAGAAAUAUAAUAUUCGCAUACGUGAUCAUAAUCAGCCGCUGCUUGUAUCCAAGAAUCGGGAUAAAGCGCAAAAGGCAAAUGCUGACGAGAUUGUUGUGCUUAUACCAGAAUUAUGUCGUGUUACUGGACUGACGGAUAACAUGCGUUCGAAUUUUCAACUUAUGCGCGCCAUGGCCGACCACACGCGCAUGGUUCCAAGCCGGCGCAUUGAUCGUUUGCGUACGCUCAACCAACGUUUGCAGACCACAGCUGAGAGUGUUAAAGUGUUGAGUGACUGGAACAUGACGCUGGAUCAGAAGCUGGUGGAAGUGCGUGGCAGAAUUAUAGACGACCAACGCAUUGUAUUUAACAAUAAAGUUAGAGUGUUGGCUGGAAAAGCUGCAGACUGGACCUCUCAGCUGCGUGACAAACAAAUGUUGACUACGCCCACCAACGGGUUGGAUCGUUGGGCAGUAAUAGCGCCCAAUCGUAAUAUGCGCGAUUUAGAGACGCUUUUGAAUAAUCUAAAUCGUACUUCACGCGGUCUUGGGUUUCAAAUAGGACAACCACGAACAUUUAAGAUAGAUGACGAUCGCACUAGCAGCUAUGUGCAAACGCUUAUGGAAUGCGCACGCAUGGAUCCAAAGCUAAUACUUUGUCUAGUGCCCAACAACAAUGUUGAAAGAUACUCUUCUAUCAAAAAGAAAGGCUGUGUGGAGUUGGCCAUACCCACGCAAGUAGUUACCACCCGUGCAAAUCAGAAGGGCUUAAGCGUUGCCACGAAAAUUGCCAUACAAUUAAAUUGUAAGCUUGGCUAUACUCCUUGGAUGAUCGAGCUGCCAUUAUCUGGACUCAUGACAAUUGGCUUUGACAUUGCCAAAUGUUCACGUGAUCGCUCGAAGGCCUAUUGCGCAUUAGUGGCAUCAAUGGAUUUGCAGCAAAAUUCAACAUACUUUAGCACAGUUGCUGAAUGCAAUGUGCAUGAUAUUUUGGCCAACAACUUGUGGCCCAUGAUGAUGAAGGCAUUGCGUCAAUAUCAUCGUGAGCAUCAAAAGCUGCCCACACGCAUUUUAAUAUAUCGUGAUGGCGUUAGCUCUGGCUCGCUACGUCAGCUCUUUGAGUACGAGGUUAAGGAUUUGGUGGAGAAGCUAACUAUAGAGUAUGAAAAAAUGGCUGGAACUAAGCCUUUAAUGGCGUAUAUUGUUGUGACCAAGGCAUGCAAUACGCGUUUUUUCACCAUGAAUCAACAAAAUCCGCCACCCGGCACAGUGGUUGAUAAUGUGGUUACAUUGCCGGAGCGUUAUGACUUUUAUUUGGUAUCCCAAACGGUGCGCCAAGGAACCGUCGCACCCACUAGUUAUAAUGUGGUUUACAGCAACAUUCGCCUAAGUCCGGACCAAAUACAGAAGCUUACAUAUAAGAUGUGUCAUCUGUACUAUAAUUGGUCGGGCACUACACGCGUUCCUGCCGUUUGUCAAUAUGCCAAGAAGCUGGCCACGCUUGUGGGCACAAAUAUGCAUUCUAUACCUGCAAAUGCGCUGGAAAAGAAACUAUAUUAUCUGUAGAGGAAGCCCUAAGAAAACUACCUUUACAUUUCCAUAAACGAUCGAACUAAAUUAAUAUUAAGAAUUUGAAUUUGUUAUUUAAAAGACA